CGUGACGUGGGCCCUGGAGCACCCACCAAGAGCAGCUGAAAGAACAGACGCAGCAGCAGCAGCAAUAGUGAAUAGGAAGCUGGUCUUUGCUUGCACAGCCCUGAAGAGGAGAAGGGGGCUUUUCAGGCUUCUCAAUGGAACAACAACAGGAUCCAGCUAUGGAGGACAAUGGGAAUGUGAAGGCUGUUGAAGAAGAAUACAGGAAAGCAUUCGUGUUCAUUAAUAGAGCUUUGAAUUCCGAUGAAUUGGGACAGAAGGAAAAAGCAAGGGAUUAUUAUACACAGGGUCUUAACCACUUGGUCAAAGGAGUUAGCAUUCCAUCCCAAGGCCCUGAAUGCACUGGACCCUGCUGGGAAUCUGCCAGGCAAAUGCAGCAGAAAAUGAGAGAGACUCUGCAAAAUGUCCAUUCUCGCUUAAGUAUCCUAAAUAAUGGCGCACAUCCUAACAGUGCUGCAGUGUCUCCUCCUAAAGAGUCACCCAAGUUAUAUCCAGCAAUUCCUCCUAAAGAAAAGCCAGAGAGACCUCCUGUACCAAAUUCACUGAUAACACCUUCUCAGUCACUUGCAGCAGGUGGAAGUGUUGAAUCUACAAGCCAGGCACACAUGGGUGUGUUGGAUCCUUCAGUGCCUAAUGAAGCACCCCCUGCUUACACCCCGGAGGCCACCAAUGGGCACUACACAGUCUCAUAUGGGACAGAUUCUGGAGAGUUCUCAUAUGUUGGAGAAGACUACUACACAAAAUGCACCCAACCACCUCCAGUUCAGACUUUUGGAGUUGAUGCUGAUGAACUGAUCCUCAUUCCCUAUGGUGUGCAGAUAUUUUAUGUCACCCCUGAUGGGCAAGUUAGUGCCCCCUCAUAUCCUGGAUACCUUCGCAUUGUGAAGUUUUUGGACACUGAUGCUGCAGUGGCCCAGAAUCGCCCCCCUGCUUUCCUUCAGGUCUGUGACUGGCUGUAUCCUCUUAUGUGCAACCAGUCACCUGCCCUCUCCUGUAACACUGGAGUCUACAUGUUCCCUGACAUGAUGUCUCAGGUGUCAGGAUCCUAUGUGGGAGUAGUGUUAUCUUCAGAACUUCCAGCUGCUGACAGAGAACUGUUUGAAGAUCUGCUAAAACAGAUGUCUGACCUCAGAGUACAGGUUCCAGGAUCCAAUGAGGGGGAACGCUCAAGAUCUUACAAAGAGGCUUUUGAGGAUUUGUUAAAACAGAGACCUGAUCUCAUAGCCAAGCCAGCAGAGGCUUCAAGUGAUGUCAUUAACCUCAGCCACACUGUACCUGUUCAACCAGUGCCUGAAGAGAGGGAGCGAGAAUUACCUGACUGGAGUGAGAAAAUAGCCCAUGGAAUCUUAUCAGGAGCAUCUUGGGUGAGCUGGGGACUGGUCAAAGGAGCAGAAUAUACUGGCAAAGCAAUCCAUAAAGGAGCUUCAAAACUAAGGGAGCACAUUCAGCCAGAAGAAAAACCUGUGGAAGUUAAUCCAACCGUGGCAAAGGGGCUACAUGUAGCAAAGCAAGCUACUGGGGGAGCUGUGAAAGUCAGCCAGUUCUUAGUUGAAGGUGUAUGUUCUAUAGCAAGUUGUGUUGGAAAAGAGUUAGCCCCUCACGUCAAGAAGCAUGGAGGCAAACUGGUUCCAGAGUCCCUUAAGAAAGACAAGGAUGGAAAGUCUACUUUCGAUGGAGCUUUAGUUGUAGCAGCAAGUGGAGUCCAAGGGUUUUCUACAAUAUGGCAAGGUUUAGAAAGCGCUGCAAAAUGCAUUGCUCACAAUGUUUCUAAGGAGACAGUGCAGACUGUCAAGUAUAAGUAUGGGGAUGAUGCUGGCCAUGCUACAGACAAUGCAGUGAGUUCUGCCAUCAACGUUGGUGUGACAGCUUUUAAUAUUGACCAUAUUGGAAUCAAAGCGGUAGUGAAGAAGACUGCAAAGGAAACAGGCCAUGCUGUGUUGGAUGAAUAUAAAAUUAAAGAUGAAUCUAAACCUAUAGAGAAAAGAGAGAAAAAAGAUGACGGACGUUGAAAAUACUGUGAAAGAAUUGUCCUAAGCCUUAAUGUAUGGUGUAACUUAUUCAAAGAAAAGAUCAAUUGUUUAAUAGAUGUCUUAUUUUUCUAACUCUACACACUUCCUACACUUAAUUUAUCAUACUUGACACCUAUCCUCUUCUGAAAUAAAUGAUUUAAUGUAUCCAUCACUCCAGUAUUGGUGUUAAGACCUAGAUAAUAGAAGUGACUUUGCAAUAGCAUUAAAUUUGCACAAGAGAGACUCGUGAUUUAUUUUUCCUUCAAAUUAAAGUAGAAGAUUAGAAUUUGGCUUCAGCUGUGGUGGGACUAUUUUUGUACCUAUAGUUAGAGACAGACAAUAUUGUAAUAACUAACCUAAUUUUAAUAUUUUCUGAAAUGGAACUAUCUGAUCAAAUAGUAUAUAGUCAAAUUUUACACAAACAACUAAGUUAGUACGUUUUCCCUAUAAUUUGCUUACAUGCAAACCAAAGAUUGAAAUGCCACUGUUUCUGAAGCAGUAACAUAGUACUGCCAACCAAACUUCAUGAAAUCCUGGAUUUUAUACUUAGGUGUAAAUUUAAUCUCAUUGUGGAGUAGUUGGCAUUAUCCAGCAAAUCUGUGGGCACAGAUUUUUCUUUGAAAAUUGAUACUCCAUCAAAGAAAAUCUUGAGCUCUCUGCAUAAAAGCUUUGGUUGUGCUUUGUAUUUGGUAUAAGAUGACCCUGCUGAAACCGUAUCCUUAAAAAGCAUAUAGUACUUAGGAGUGAAUCUUGUUGCCUUCUGAUGUAAUGUGGUGCAUUUCACAUAUUGGGUAUUAGGCUUUGCUCCACUUCAGAAUGUAAGAUAAAAGUUCAGCUGCUAUUAAGAUGGAGAUCUAACACUUUUCACUGUAUUUGCUUCAGAUUUUGACUUUACACUCACUGUGAGGUUUGUAUUGUGAACACUACAGAAACUGUAGUGUUUAUUUAACCUACAGCAGCAACACAUCCAUUAGUUAAAGAGCUAACCACUUUGAAAGUGUGAUGGAUUUAAAACUUUAAAUAAACUUAAGAUGCAUA